GAGGAAGAUGGAAGAGAUGAAAUGAAACCUGAUAAAACCAUGGAGCCUGGUCUCAACUGGGACUUCUCACGACGAGGAGACAUUUUUGGCUUUCUAUUUUUAUUCUUCUUCUACUACUCCAUCGCCUCCCUUCUCUUCCUCAGCUUUCCUUGUGGUGCCGAAUUCCUGAACAACAAUUGUCCAAAUACAACGACUUUCACUACUAAUAGCACUUUUCAGGCGAAUCUCAACUUCCUCCUCUCCUCUCUUUCCUCCAACGCCACACCCACCAACAAUGGUUUCUACAACACUACCGCCGGUAGCAAUCCCGACAGGGUCUACGGCCUCUUCCUUUGCAGAGGCGAUGUCACCGACGAUGUCUGCCGAACUUGCGUUGUGACCGCCACUCAAGACAUCACUCAACGAUGCCCCAACAGGAAAGUCGCAACCAUUUGGUACGAUGAGUGCAUGAUACGCUAUUCCCACCUAUCUUUCUUUUCCUUCGUGGCCGACCCAGUUUUCUAUAUGUUGAGUUCGCAGAAUAUCUCGAAUCCAGACAGGUUCAAUCAGCUCUUGAAUGAAACGAUGAACCAGAUAGCCAGUCAGGCAGCCUUCAAUUCUUCUCCCAAGAAAUUCGCCACCCAAGAAGCUAAUAUUUCUGGUUCUCGGAACCUCUACAGUCUAGUUCAAUGCACACAAGAUUUAUCAGGAAACGGCUGUUACCAAUGUCUUCUACGCGCCAUUAGUGAUAUCCCCAUGUGCUGCGAUGGGAAACAAGGUGGACGUGUUAUUGGGCCCAGCUGUAAUUUGAGGUAUGAGAUAUAUCCUUUCUACCAGCUCACGGAUACUUCCCCGCCUCCGUCACCUCUCAGUCCUUCCCCUCCAACUAACAGCGUUACCCCUUCUUCAGGAAAAGGGGAAAAGACGCCAGCUGGAACUAUUGUUGCUAUUGUUGUUCCAGUUGUUAUCGCAGUGUUGCUCCUCUCUAUACUCUGCUAUUAUUGGCUACGUAGGAAGAAAAAGGACAAAGUCGGUGAAGAACAAGUUGGCAAUGAAAUUGGAGGCGUGGAGUCACUGCAAUUUAAUUUGAUCACAAUCACCGCGGCUACAAACAACUUCUCUGAUGGAAAUAAGAUUGGUGAAGGUGGAUUUGGUAGUGUUUACAAGGGUAAACUUUCUAAUGGACAAGAGAUUGCUGUAAAAAGGCUCUCUAGAAGCUCCGGCCAAGGUGCAGUGGAAUUUAAGAACGAGGUGGUAUUGGUUGCCAAGCUUCAACACAGGAAUCUUGUUAGGCUUUUGGGGUUUUGCUUAGAAGGCCAAGAGAAGAUACUUAUCUAUGAAUUUGUUCCCAACAAAAGCCUUGACUACUUCCUAUUUGAUCCGGAUAAACGUGCAUGUUUGGAUUGGCCUACACGUUACAAAAUUAUAGGAGGGAUUGCUCGGGGGCUUCUUUAUCUCCAUGAAGAUUCUCGUCUCAGGAUUAUUCAUCGAGACCUUAAAGCUAGUAAUAUCUUGUUAGAUGGUGAUAUGAACCCAAAAAUAUCUGAUUUUGGGAUGGCAAGAAUUUUUGGUGUUGACCAAAGUCAAGCAAAUACAAACAGAAUAGUAGGAACAUAUGGUUACAUGUCCCCGGAGUAUGCAAUGCAUGGACAAUUCUCAGUCAAGUCAGAUGUCUAUAGCUUUGGUGUUUUACUUUUAGAGAUUGUAACCGGCCAUAAGAACAGCUCAUUUGACCAAUCAGAAUUUGGAGAAGACCUUUUAAGCUAUGCCUGGAGACAUUGGAAUGAAGGGACAGCUUUGCAGAUGUUGGAUCCAAUUCUGACAGAACACUAUUCCAGAGAUGAAGUGAUGCGAUGCACUCAUAUUGGAUUGUUGUGUGUUCAGGAAGAUGUAGUUGACAGACCCACUAUGGCAAGAAUAGUUCUCAUGCUGAACAGUUAUUCUGUUACUCUUGAAUUACCUUUACGACCUCCACGCUUCGCUCACAGCAAAAUGAUUACAGACAUGGCCACAGGUGAGACUGAAAGGCAGGAAACUGAACCAGAUACUUCUACAAGUAGGUCAAUACCUUUUUCUGUCAAUGAUGUGUCGAUUACUGAAUUAGAUCCUAGGUAACGUUAUGCCACUGGAUCAUGGGUAUAAAAUAAAUUAUAUUCUAAGAAAUGGUCUAGUUGGAUGUCUUAAUGUUUAGUCGUGCUUUGAAGGGGAACAGUGUAUUCUGAGAAGGAAACCAAUUUGUGCUUUUGAGGCAAUAAUGGAGAAGGGAUUGAUAGCAGAAAGUACAAAAUAAAGAGUUGUUAUAAAUAAGAGAAAAACAUUCUGCUUGAAAUAGAAUUGUAAAGAAAUGUCAUGAAACAGAGGCAUGAGAUGCCCUUUUGUUGGUAGACCCACUUUUCCUGUAAUGCUGUUUCUUCUUCUUCUAUAGACUUCUAAGGAAAAUUGAC